AGUAUCCAAAAACUUUCUUCAUCAUCUAGCAACAACAAGACAGAUCAAUAUAAUCUAGAUUCUACUUUGAGUUCAAUUAUAAGAAGCAGGGCAGCAUGGGAGAGACAACCGGUGAUUUAGAUAUACAGUCAGAUGAAUUAACAGCAUUGUCAUAUUCUGAAGAUGUGAAGCCAGAGCCAACUACAGUAUUUUCAUCUUCUGCUAACAUAAAAACAGAAUUAUCAACACUUUUGACUUUCCAUGAUAUAAAACCAAACAUGGCAUUGAUAACUUCACAGGAUUUUAAAACUGAUGUUAUGCCAGAGUUUUUAUUUUCUAAAGAAACAAAAACAGAAUAUACAUUUUCAUCUUUUGAUGAUGUAAAGCACAAUAUGACAUUAGUAACUUCUCAAGAUGUAACAACAGGAUUUUUACUUCAUAAAGAUAUAGAGCUUGAUGUAUCAACAGUAUGUACAAGAUCUGAAGAUAUAAAAUCAGAAUUAGCAAUGUUAUCAACUCAUGAAAAUAUAAAACCAGAUCUAUGGACAAAAUUUGUAGAUUUUGAGGACAAACAACAAAAUGGACUAGAGGAAGAGCUACAACUUUCUGAAGAAAAAACAAAUCUGUCUGUUGAUGGUAAAGAACAGUUUUUUCAAAGCUUUAACUUGAAUAAACAUAAACAAGCUCAAGUAGGGGAAAAGCCUCUUGAAUGUGAUGCUUGCCAUAAAAGGUUUUCAGACAGUUCUAGUUUAAGUAAACAUAAAAAAGUUCAUUCUGGAGAUAAGCCACAUGAAUGUGAUGUUUGUCAUAAAAAGUUUUCCAACAGUUCUUCUCUAAGCAAACACAAAAAAAUUCAUUUAGUUGUUAAGCCUGAUGAAUGUGAUGUUUGUCAUAAAAAGUUUUCAUACAGUUCUGCUCUAAGCAAACACAAAAAAAAUCAUUUAGUAAAUAAGCACAAUGAAUGUGAUGUAUGUCAUAAAAAGUUUUCCAACAGUUAUACUCUAAGCAAACACAAAAAAACUCAUUUAGUAGUUAAGCCCUAUGAAUGUGAUCUUUGUCAUAAAAAGUUUUCAUACAGUUCUACUCUAAGCGAACACAAAAAAAUUCAUUUAGAGGUUAAGCCUUAUGAAUGUGAUCUUUGUCACAAAAUGUUUUCAGACCGUUCUAAUUUUAUUAGACACAAAAGAGUUCAUUCAGGAGAUAAACCAAAUGAAUGUGAUGUUUGUCAUAAAAAGUUUUCAUAUAGUUUUACUUUAAGCGAACACAAAAAAAUUCAUUUAGGGGUUAAGGCUUAUGAAUGUGAUGUUUGUAAUAAAAAGUUUUUACACAGUUCAAGUUUUAAUAGACACAAAAAAGUUCAUUCAGGAGAUAAUCAAAAUGAAUGUGAUGUUUGUCAUAAAAAGUUUUUACGCAGGUCAAGUUUUAAUAGACACAAAAAAGUUCAUUCAGGAGAUAAUCCAAAUGAGUGUGAUGUUUGUCAUAAAAAGUUUUCUUCAUACAGUUCUGCUCUAAGCAAACACAAAAAAAUUCAUUUAGGGAUUAAGCCUUAUGAAUGUGAUGUUUGUCAUAAAAAGUUUUUACACAGUUCUAAUUUUAAUAGACACAAAAGAGUUCAUUCAAGAGGUAAUCCAAAUGAAUGUGAUGUUUGUCAUAAAAAGUUUUCUUCAUACAGUUCUGCUCUAAGCAAACACAAAAAAAUUCAUUUAGGGAUUAAGCCUUAUGAUUGUGAUGUUUGUCAUAAAAAGUUUUUACACAGUUCUAAUUUUAAUAGACACAAAAGAGUUCAUUCAAGAGGUAAUCCAAAUGAAUGUGAUGUUUGUCUUAAAAAGUUUUCAUACAGUUCUGCUCUAAGGGAACACAAAAAAAUUCAUUUUGUAGUUAAAGCCUUAUGAAUGUGAUGUUUGUCAUAAAAAGUUUUCAUACAGUUCUGCUCUAAGCAAUCACAAAAAAAUUCAUGUAGUAGUUAAGCCUUAUGAAUGUGAUGUUUGUCAUAAAAAGUCAUUACAGACUUCUUGCUUAAGUAAGCACACAAAAAAAUCAUACAGGAGAUAAAUUCUAUAAAUCUGAUGUUGCUCAUGAAAAUUUUACCCAUAAGAGUGUAUGACAUUUUUAAAAAUUGUUGAAGCACCAACAGAAUCGACAUUUUAAUCUCCAAUUCAUUUAUAAUAUGUAUAUAUUAAAAAAAGGAUAGCAUUUUUGUAUAUAUGCAAAUACAGCUAAAUUAAUAUUCAUUGCAUACAUUUAAAUGAAAAUAAAAGAUAAUAGCAGACUAUUAUUAAUAAAUUAUAAUAGUAAAAUUACCCAAUUUAGACCAUCCUUGUGGUUGAACAUUUAUAGUUGAUCUUUUUUCU